GCUGGACAGAGGAGCAGAGUCUAGUUGGUCUGCUGCGGGUCCGGCUGGCCUAGUUCCUCCGCGGUGCAGACGAGCCGGGACGAGCGAGAAGCGCAGAGAUGCGCAGCGGAGAGGAGCCCGGGAGGCAGCAGCGGCAUCAGGAGACGAGCGGACGGGAGGGAGCGCGCAUGUUGUUAUUGUUGUUGUAGUCUCGUCGAGGCGAGAUGGAGAUCGAGGAAGCGGCGCUGCGGGACGCGGGCGCGGAAAUGCGAUGAGCCGCGGAUUGGAUCGGGGAGGGAAUAUUUUUCCUGGUCUCGGGGAGGUGAUAUAAAUUGUGUGAGGGGGAGGGGCUGAUCUUUGGGCGGGCGCGGGAGACGAGGUUCGGAGAUUGUCGAUUGAGCGUGGAGUGCAGAGAGGAGAGGCGAGGCGAGAGGAUUGGAUUGGAUUGGAUUUUUGAGAGGGAGGGAGAGAUGGAGGCAGCUGCAGCAGCUCUCGGCGUGUCAGUGCCGGUGUUGCGGUUCGUCGUGUGCUUUGCCUUGACGUUGCCAUGUAGUUACCUGUGGCGAUUCGUCAUGGGGGCGAAUAAUCGCCACGCCUACUCCGCGCUUACCGGAGCUGUGUUGAGCUACUAUUCGUUCGGAGUGACGUCGAAUUUGCACUUCGCCGUGCCAAUUUGCGUCUCGUAUUUGAGCAUGGUGCUCUACAGGCGGCGUUGCGGGGUCAUCACCUUCUUUGCAGCCUUCGCAUUCCUUAUUUUCUGCCAUGUAAUCUACAUGAGUGGCGAUGCAUGGAAGAACGGGGAGAUCGAUUCUACAGGUGCCCUCAUGGUGUUGACCUUGAAAGUUGUUUCAGCUGCAAUGAACUACCAAGACGGCUCAUUGUCGGAAGAAGGGUUGCGCUCAGCCCAACAGAAGUACAGAUUGACCAAGCUUCCUUCUUUCGUUGCCUACGUCGGAUACUGCCUGUGUUGUGGAACGCAUCUGGCAGGGCCCGUGUUCGAGCUGAAGGAUUAUAUUGACUGGACUGAGGAUAAAGGAUUAUGGGAUCCUAAACAACAAAGACCCCCUGCUUCUCCAUAUGGUGCAGCAUUUUCAUCGUUUAUCAAAGCCCUGUUUUGUAUGGGGAUGUUCGUCUUCCUCACCCCAAGGGUUCCCCUUUCCAAGUAUUCCGAUCCUUCUUAUUACGAAUGGAGCUUUUUGCAAAGAGUUGGAUAUCAAAUGCUGAGUGGAUUCACCACUCGAUGGAAGUACUACUUUAUCUGGUCACUUGCAGAAUCAUCAGUCAUUCUAUCAGGUUUUGGAUUCAGCGGGUGGAACGGUGACGCUCCUAAGUGGGAUCGUGCCUGCAAUGUCAAUAUACUUGAGGUUGAAUUGGCUUCGAGUGCAGCCCAGCUGCCCAUCCACUGGAACAUUCACGUCAGCACCUGGCUGCGACACUAUGUUUACGAAAGGUUGGUUCAGAAAGGAAAGAAGCCUGGAUUUUUGCAACUCCUGGUCACUCAGGUUGUGAGUGCAGUGUGGCAUGGACUAUAUGCCGGAUAUCUGUUAUUUUUCAUCAACAGUGCCCUAUUUAUCGCGGCCAGUAAAGUUAUUUACAGGUAUCAAAGGGCUGUUCCUGAAAGCAAUGUGAUCCUCACGAAAGUUCUACAAGUAGUGAACGGCGUCUUCUCGUCGUUCGUUCUCAACACAACUUCCAUCGGUUUCAUGGUGUUGGGCCUAAGAGAAACCCUUGCGGCCUACAGCAGUAUAUACUACUCAGCAACCAUCGCCUCCUUGGUCCUGACAGUGUUUGGUGCUGUCGUAAAGCCCCCGAGACCUGCAAGCACAGGGCAGUUCAAACCAAAGAAAGUCGAGUAGUGGUAUCUUUGUUCUCCGAAGUAUAGACGUAAACAUCACAACAUGGUAACAGUUAGGCUGUUCGCAGUAGGUUAUCGUCUGAUAGGAGGGGGAAGUAGCUCUAGAACCUGCCUACAUUGUUGAUAGACUAAAGGUCAGCGUUUAUCAAUGUCAGUGUCGUACCGUAGACAGUAUUUUGUCUACACCGCUGGGACCUCUGUGUUGGAAAAUUCAUUGAUUGAUUACUGGUGCUGAAUUUGCAGAGCUUCCUUCACGGGCACUGAAUAAAAGAAGAACUAAAAAGUGUUCGGCUCGCGGUUUGAAUCCACGUUUUUCUCGUAUCCUC